GGCAGCAGCUGCAAAGGUCUCGGCGGCCGUUUCGAGCGCCUGCUCUCGCCUUGCCUUCCCUUCUGCCGCCGUUUCACUGAGUCAGAAGUUUUCAUGGGAGGAGCCAGCAACUUCCGCAGGUUCAGCUCCAGCUCCUUCAUUAGGCAAUUAGAGGAUUUUUAUGAGAUAGAAAAAAGCAAUUUGAAAUUAUAAACUUUCCCCAGUUGAGAGCUAUUUUGGGGCAUUUGCCGGUGCUCCCUUUAAAUAGGGAAAGCUUUUCCACCGGGCUCAGCCAGUGCCUGUGAGCAGUGUUCCUCUCGGCUGCUCACGGACCCUCCGGGAACACGCUCCGCCACUCCGGACAAGUUCUGCUGUUUAAUUUAACCCGGGUCAGAGGCCUUUGGUCCAUCUGGCUGAUUCCUCAGGGCAGAGAGAUCCUGGUUCAGAGAUGAGCCCCUGAGCAGCAAAGCGCUAUUACCUGUGCGGUACCUUAAGUGCAACCAGGGCAUCGCAGAGCACCGCAGGGAAACAAACCUUCGCUCCAAGUACCGUAAUAUGUUUUUUCCAUCCAUGCUGCUUCAGUCCAUCAUCUGGGCUAGCAGCUGAUGAGAUGGCACAGAGCACUGAGCUCCAGCCAAGCUUUGAGGAUGUUUUUAAUAUUUUAUCCCAGAUCCCACAAGAUAAACUCCUUAGCUUCAAACAUAAACUGAAGCACUUGAUAUUUGGGCCCAGCAGCAAAUUACUGCAAGCCAUGGUCCUGCUUACUCUGGGGCAAGAAGUGGAUGCAAGAAUUUGUUUGGAUGACUUGAGAGAUAACCGGGCAGCCCAGUAUAUCCACCAGACCAAACUGGGCGCUGCAGGAGUGCAGGAAGGUGGGGAGGGUUUGCAGCCUCCCCAGCUGGAUGCAGGUGCCAUGGCGCUUUUGGCACAGAUCUACUCAGUGUUGGCGGAGGAAAAACUGUGCAGUCACGAAGCCAUGGACAAAGCCUGCCAGGCUGCCACCAAAGCCCGCAAUGCCAGCAAGGAAACUCAGGGGGACACACUCAACAGCAUCCCAGGUGAGGACCAGGAAAAACAUGGCUCUGCUAUCAGCAUGGGCUCAGGUGACAAAUUUCAGACGCUGAGAUCUGAUGCGGCCGUAGGAUCUCUCCAUAUCACCAGCCCAAACUACGUGGUGAGAAGUUCCCCUGUGCAGAUUGGAGCCAACUCGGACCUGUCAGGCCCACAGACCUUGCGCUCUUUGGGGAGUCCCUCUUUCCCCAGCCACUUUGAGAUCAGUCCGUCACCAACAGUUGUUUUUUGCACCCAGCCUCCUUCCUCCGAGCACGUCCCCCAGCCCAGCCGGCUGUGUGAAGGGAGCACCAGCAGUGCUAGACAGCCUGACAGGGACAGACCGAGCCACAGCCUGCAGGAAACAAGCUGGGCUAGCAGAUCCAAGUCUCAUCCCGGGCAGGACACAGCUGCCGAAGUCCCCCGACCAGAGAAGUUUCUGCAGGUCAGGUCAUGUCAUCCAACUCUCCCUAUUCCUGAAACGCAGCCACCUGUGCUGGGUGCUGUGAACCAACCUGACGAAAGUAGUGAUGUUUCCAGCACAGUGGCAACAGAACCUCACGCACCAAAAGAGAGCACAGACAAAAAACAAGAUGAAAAGCAAUUAUCUACAGGUCUUCCUGAUUCAAGAGCUACAGUAGAUACUGGUUCUGCCCACAUGUCCAUGAAGGACUCCUAUGUUCCAGCAGGCAUUUCUUCUAACGCUGCAUCUGCUUCCAUGUCAACGUCCCUUCCUCCUCCUACCUAUUCCUUCUCCUCAACCUUUCCUCCUCCUAUUCAGGAACCUCCUUCCAAGUUAUAUCCCACUCCCCUCCACUCAUCCCCCUCUCCAGCCUGGCCUCCUCCUCCCCAGGCUGUAGAAGCAAUGCCCACAUCAGAGCCAGAUGGUGGAAGGUUCUUCACUUUUGUUGUCCUGCAUGCUAGUGAAGAUGAGAUGGUUGCCCAUCGGGUCAAGGACCUCCUGGAGAACAUGGGGGUUCCCAAUGGUGCCACAUUCUGUGAGGACUUCUUCAUUGCCGGACGCAGCCGUCUGACUUGCUUCCAGGAUGCUAUGGAAAACUCUGCUUUCAUCAUCCUUCUGCUGACCAAGAACUUCCCAUGCAACCUGUUUAUGUUUCAGACAAACACUGCUCUGAUGGAGUCCAUCCUGAAACCAUCCAAGCGCGAUUCAGUCAUCCCUUUUGUACCCAAGGAGAACCCCCUGGAGCGGAGUCAGAUUCCCAGCACGCUUGGCGGGCUCACGCCCUUGGAUGAGAACUCUCCCGGGUUCUCCAGGACAGUGCAGAACACCUUUACUGCCAGCAGGAUCAAUGAGAGGAAAGCCAUGUGGGACCUGGUGCAGAGAAGGAAACUACAGCUCUAUCAGGACCAGUAUCAACCACUGCAGAACUUAGCUGCUCUGAACCUUGGCUCCCUUCCCCCGGGGCCUCCAUCAGCAACACAGGGGCAGCAAUCACCCCGACUGUGGUGUCCCCCUUCUUUGACUGUCCCUCCUGUCAUAUACCCACCUCCCACUGCUGGUCACCCCAUGCCUGCUCAGAUGGGUCCCCCUCCUUUCCAACCACCUAAUCUCCCAUCAGGCCACUACAAUGUGAUGCCAGGUCUGGGAGGCAUCGUCAUUCAACACGCUCGAAUGAUUCAGAUUGGGAACCACAACAUGAUGCAGGUAGAAACUGUCACCCCGGGUCCACGGGACAGUGAGGAAGAAACCAGGUAGAAUACUUGAUCAGAGAUGCAGCAGCUCAGCCAGGGCCAGACACUCACACUUGGUUUCAAACCCUAGAUUAUAGUGACUCUGCAGGGACUGGGACUAUUCUUAUUCCACUGGGGGUAAAAGGUGCCACUUUCCUGGAGCACAAGAGAAAAUGACCUUUCUUUUGUUGGACAAAAGAGGUUUCAGUCUCCUGAGACUGUUUUCCUUGUGCUUAUUUUCAAGUAACUGAGAAAAAUCUUUUCCUGAUUUUCCGAGGCAGAUUUCAGAUAUUCUUUUUCUGUAAGAUUUUAUAAAUAAAUCUUAAUUAAUUUAUUUGUGUUUCUCUGGUGCUUUCCUGUAGAAUUAGCAAAGGGGCAGUCAGGGAUAUCAGGAACAACUGUUCUGUCGGUACCUCUGGGGUGGAGGGGGCUGGGAGAUGGCACACCGGGUUUCUAUUUCAUAUUCUGCUGCUGACCAAACCAUUGGAGGGAAAAUCUUCAGGGAAUGCUUUGGGGACUUGCUCUGCCCCCCUGUCAAGGUGCUAAGCAUCACAGGACCCCACCGUUUUCUUCCAGCAAUCCUCUUUGCUUGGGAUUGCAGAGUUAUCCUCAUGCCUACGUUGCGUGCACGGUGCCCACCCCUUGCUGCGGCAUACCAGCAGCGCCAUUUCCCCCGCGCCUCUCGCAUCAGACCCAGGAAGGUUCAGGAAAUCAACUUCACAGCCUUCUGAGAGGCUGCAGGCCUCUGGGCUGAGGCAUCAAGAGAUCACUUUUCCCAGUUCCCCUCUGAAACUAGAGAGAAGUUUUUUGUGAAGGACAAAAUACCCAUGUGCCCCUGGAGGUAUGGCUGGAAGGAAAGUAUUUUUGUAUUUAAGAAAACUCUUUUAGAUAAUUGAGAUUACACACUGGGUAGAAGGCUAAACAAGAAUCUUUACAGUAAAGCUGUGUUUGGGAAAGAAAAAAAAAAAAGAAGGUGGAAUGGGAGGGAGAAACUGCAGAGAAGGCGAAGCUGCGUGUUCACUCCUCCAUUCUUAUCUGCUUGUAA